AUGGCCGACCCUAUCUCUAAGGAUGAUAUUGAGAUCAAAGCUGCUCCUAAAAAGAAAGGCAGAGUGCUCGCCGCGCUCUGCCUGGCCUGCUUCUGCGGCUUCACAAGCGCCCUCGCAUCGCAACUUGAGCUUGGCCCGCUCUCGACUCUCUAUCAUCAAGAACCAACGGCCAUUGCCUACCAGAACUCCUCAGCCAAUGCUGGAAUGGUCAUUGGUGGCAUAUUCUUCUACGUCCUGUCCUUCAUCUUUGGCCGCCCUUCCAUCUUCUUCUGGUCGCUUCUCGGCCUCAUAGGCUCCGAUUUGUGGUCGUCUUACAUGACAAAAGCUGAUCAAUUCAACAUCUUCAUCGUGUCGCGCGGCUUUGCUGGCUUCUUCGGCACCGCCGUGGGAGUUCUCGGUCCGCGAAUGCUCAUUGACAUGUUCUUCCUACACCAGCGUGGCCGCGCAUUCACAAUCUUUCACUUCUUUUUCGACUUUGGCACCGCUGCUGGCCCUUCUCUUUGCUCUUUCGUUGUACAAGGUUCUGGCAACGUGCAGUGGGCUUUCUGGUUCAUUGCCAUCGUCGCAGGCUUCGCGGCCCUCCUCGUCUUUCUGUUUGUUGAGGACACAACCUGGGAUCGCACGCCUGGAGUAAUUAACAACCCACUGCCUGAAGGCUUCAUUUCCAACCGCAUCGCAACUUUCUUGCCCGGCACUCGCAUUGUCCCCCGUAAGUCUGUCGGCGAACUGGUGCGGAUUGCCAGCGUUCCUUUCAAGAUCGCCGCGACGCCAGUCAGCUUGAUGCUCGGCAUAUUCACCUUAUUCAGCUUUGGGUUCUCAGUUGCAAUGAACUCUCUCACUCCUGUGUGGCUACAGAAGCCCGUUAAGGCUGGAGGAUAUGGCUUUACGCCCAUUCAAAAUGCACUCUUCCAAUUUUCACAUUGGACUGGUGUAGCUCUCGCAUUUGUUUACGGUCAGGCUCUUGCAGACCGCUUGCCACUAUGGCUUGCCUCACGCUUUAACAACGGGACUUGGAAGCCAGAGUAUCGCUUGCACGCGUUAUGGUUCCCAGCACUCGUGUGUAAUUGCAUAGGCAUAGGCCUUUUUGGCUACGCCUUGCAGUAUCAUACAUCAUGGGGCGUCCUGGCCUUUGCAUCUAUUCUGGUUAUUUAUGCCUCGAUGUGUAUUACACCCAUUACAGUCAAUUACUUAUCCGAGUGCUUCACCAACAACGUCGAGGAGGCCGCAAUCGUUCUCAAUACAUUUCGUAUCGCCUUUGGGCUGUCUGUUGCAUUCUACAUCACUCCUUGGGUUGAUGCCAUGGGCGUUGGAUGGACCUAUGGUUUAAUGGCUUUCAUCAUGAUCUUCAGCUGGCUUUUUGUCUUGGCACUUAUGUGGAAAGGCCAUCAAAUCCGCCAAAUUGACCCGUUCGGCCUCAUUUCAACUGAGGAGGGUAAGCAUGUUCUCAUCGAUGAAGAAUCGGCAUAG